AUGAACAACCCUUGUCCCGAUCUGGAAAAUGUUUGUGUUUAUAAGCCAAGGCUUUUUGCCACUCACGUUCCGUAUGCUUCUUUGCCUGCUUCCAUUAAAGAUACCGAUUGCAAGUUUGUUUACCUAUGUAGAAACCCCAUGGAUACGUUCAUUUCGCUUUGGCAUUUCAUUGACAAGCUUCGAGGCGAAAACCAAGAGUUGCUGUCACUAGAUGAAGCAUUUGACAAGUUCUGCCAUGGGGUCUGUGGGAAUGAACCAUUUCUUGAUCACGUAUUGGGUUACUGGAAGGCAAGCCAAGGAAACCCCGACAAGAUACUGUUUCUAAAAUACGAAGAUCUCAAGGAAGACAUUAGUUCUCAGCUGAAACACUUGGUCAUGUUCUUAGGGGUUCCUUUCUCAGAGGAUGAAGAAAUAGCAAAAAUUUGCAGCUUCGAGAACUUGAAGGAACUUGAAGUGAACAAGAAGGGCCGCUCACAUAUUGAUGGGAAGCCACACACAAUGUGA